AUGAAUACUAGUAAGUAUUUACGUGAACUUUUUAUGCAAUUUUUCAUCAGUCGUUCUCAUUUAAAAGUUCCAUCUGGCCCAGUAAUCGUUAAACAUAAUUUAUAUAAUCAGAGUGAUUUUACAUGUGCUGGAGUGCAACAGUUUAUUCCCAUUCUUAUUGGUGAGCAAGAACCACCUGCAAAACGUUUGGUUAACUCGCAGAAAUGUAUUCGACUCAACGAUAAAGAUUUGGUUGGUUAUGAUGAUCAACACCACACAUUCUUUGAAAUGCUUGGAAAUUGGUCAUUCGGUGAUUGUUCUAAGGAAGAAGCUUUACAAUUUGUUUGGGAAUUUUUAACUCAAAAACUUUCCAUUAAUCCUUCACAUCUUUAUAUAACAUAUUUUGGUGGUGAUGAAAUUCAUGAUGAAGAUAUUGAAACAAGGGAUAUCUGGCAAAUGAUGGGGGUACCUGACACUCACUUAUUUGCUUGUAAUGCUGAGCGAAAUUUGUGGAGUUUGGGCGAUAUCGGACCUUUUGGUACAUGCACAGAAAUUCAUUUUGAUAGACGAAUGAUUAAUAGUAAAGACAAAAAGAGUAAAAAUAUUGAAAGACAAACACCUAUUAAUUUUGAUAGUCCUCAUUUGAUGGAACUUUGGAACGUCGUUUUUAUGAAAUAUAACAGGUUUUUAGGCAUUUUUCUUUUAAAAUGUUUUUUUAUUAGACAUCGUGAUGGACGUGUAACACCUCUCUCAUCUCCGUUAAUUGUUGAUACUGGAAUGGGUUUGGAACGUUUAUGUACAAUAAUGCAAAACUGUAAUUCUACUUAUGAGACUGAUUUAUUUCAACCAUUAAUUGAUCAAAUGAGUGAGUUAUCUCCUCAUAGUUUAACCUAUCAAGGACGUUGGGGUCAUGAAGAUUCAAAUGAAAAAGACACAGCUUUUCGUAUAGUCUCUGACCAUAUUCGCACAAUUGUUGCAACAUUUGCUGAAGGAUUGCAUAUUACGAGUACUAAGAAAUAUGCGUAG